GAAAAAGUCAGGGGGGAGGAAGGAAGAGGAGUGGAGCAACUACAGGGAGGAAAGAAGAGGAGUGGGCUGAGCGAGCCUCACUCACAGCCUCUCUCUCCCUGAGCGUCAGAGCAGCAGCAGCAGCAGCAGCGUGCGGAUCAACAGAGCGUGGCUCCAGCCGGAGCGGCAGCAUCUUUACCUGCUGGACCGCUGCUCUGGAGUCAGCGGACGCAUCGGAGCCGUUGGUGGAGCCGAAGUCACGCUGCUGAUGUUCGAUCGGAUCACAGCUGCCGCGCGUUUCAGCCGCUGCGUCUGACUUUUAGUCCCACGGGGAGAGAAGACGCCUGCUCCGUGUCCACGGUUCCACGGUGGAACCCGUCUUCCAGCCUUGAAAAGUUAGUCCUGGUUUGAUCGACAGCUGGGACCAGAGCGGACGAGGCGCUGGUGAAGUGGCGACCUGGUGGACGUCCUCCACGGUGGGUUUGCUGGUCAUGAGGUGGGACUACACAGCGCUCCUGAGCCCAGUCUGGUGGGAACAGGCUGCUGCUGGAGGACGCGCUGACUCCUCCACACGUCUGACGUUGAGGAGGUAAUUGCGGGAUUUGGCUCCAGGUGCAUAACUUCAGACUGGAGCUGCUCCGACCGGCUCCUGGUGAGGGAGCCUGUGUGGAGCCUGGCACCUGUUGCCUGCGAGGAUCCUGGAGAUUUACAGCUGCACGGUGACUGAGCUGAUGACAGUGGUUCCCCAGAGCAGAACUGGACCCCUUCAGCCCAUGAGCUCAUGCAAAUGUGUGAUGGUCUCCUGGGAGCAGCUGCAGCAGCUGCCGCCUCUCAUCCCUCGUUCCCACCAACUACAGCUCGAGGACAUUUAAGCCGCCGUCUUCUGGUGGAUUCGUUGAGUCUGUUUUCGUCUCUUCAUAGUUUGGAUGUUUGGUGAGACGCGCCUCGGCCACAGCAGCGCCCUGUGAAGAGCAGAGGCUCUGGGCGCCUCUUUAAAUCCGCUGGAAACGGAUCAAACCCCAGAAGUGACAGGACUCCGUUAGCGCCUGAGCUUCGAUCCCACCGUUAGAAGCCCCAGUGACGCUCAGAGGGAACGAUAAUUAGUGCAGAGCGACAACAUCAGAGGAAGCAGGCGACAGCCGUCGUCAUGAAGUCUGGAGGAAACUGUGGUUAGUGUGCGUUCUGACAACGUUGAUGCUGAGGAUUUAUUUAAAGCUUCUACAAAGUUGAUAAAAGCUGAAGUGGAGCAUCGAGGUCGCUGCGUUUGUCAGAGGCCGGACGGUUCUGGACGCUGCGGAUGCCGGGCCGGACCAUGCGGAUCAGCCGGGUUUGUCUGCAUGUGUGUGAUUCUGGAUGCACACACUCACACAUCCACAGUGGCCGCCAGUUAUUUCCUGUUGCUCAACAUUUGUUGACUCGCUGUGACAAAAUACAUUUGAAAAGACAAUCGCAGCAUGAACAAACUUCAGUUCCAGAUCUUUGACGGGAAUGUUCUGCUCUAGGUGAACGGAUCCAGGCUGUACUGUUCCUCUAACUCUGCUUUAAACCCAAACCAUCUGGACUUUUCUGGUUCUCAUUUAUCUCAAGUCCCUUUGGACCAAAACAAUAAGUUUUCCCUGACACCAAUGACAUCAUGUAGCUUCUGGCUGCUGUUGGACCGUUCUUACCCACUGGACUCACUGGACUUCUGCUGAGAGGUGUCCGUUCUCUGACCCGAUGCUCCCUGUGGGACCGGGCCCAGGCGGGGCGGGUCGCGGUCGCGGGGCCCGUUUGCUCCGGUGCCUGGGCCCCCGGCGCUGGUCCCGUCGGGGGACGCUGGUGUUUGCUCUGCUCUGGUUCGGCUCCUGGUUGUUCCUGAACGGUCUGGUUCUGGUCCAUCGUAGCAUCAUGUCCGACUACUGCACCGAUGACAAGAGCAAGAGGAUCCUGCAGAGGCUGUGUCUGGACUUCAGCGCCGGCUCGGCCACGGGGGACAUGUGUGAGGACCUGUGCGUCCUCGGCCUGGUUGAGUACAAACGCUGCCUCUACUACGAGAACGGCAAGAAGGUGAUCGAGGCGCGCUGGAGGGGAAACCCCGUCAUCCUCAAGUCCAAGCUGGAGAACUUCUCCUCCUACGAGCCACUGGCCAUACUGGACUACCAGGACCCGGCAGAGGACCUGUCUCCCCUGGAUGUGAUUUUCUAUGCCACUCUGGAGGUGCGGAACUCUUUGGGAUUGGCUGAGGAGAAUGAGGACGAAGAAGGAGGAGGAGGAGCGAACAGCUCUCUGGCCAGACUCUGGGGGAAGAAGCUGAAAAACAAAGACAAGGAUUACUCCCGAGCAGAGCUGUCCUCGCUGUGGUCGCUGCUGCAGCAGGAGGAGUACACCUUCCUCAGAGUCCUGCAGGACCUCAGCUCCCACGUGGCCAAGGUCCUGGGCUCAUGCGGUCAUUUCUAUGCGGUGGAGUUUCUGUCUGCUGGACACGCGUGGGACCAGAACAUCUUCUCCCUGGAUGAGCUGCGGGUCCAGGCCCACAGCAUGUGGACCACCAGGGAGAUGGUGCAUCGCAUCGCGCUGAGCUUCCUGGACAUGGCUUGGCACUUUGACAAUGACUUCACCCACAGGCUCCACCUGUGCGAUAUCAAACCAGAGAACUUCGCCAUCAGGGACGACCUGACGGUCGUGGCCAUCGACGUGGACAUGGCCUUCUUCGAGCCCAAGAUGAGGGACAUUCUGGACCAGAACUGCAGCAGCGACGACGACUGCAACUUCUUCGACUGCUCGUCCAGGUGUAACCUGAGCAAACGCAGGUGCAGCCCCCGACGCCGGAACAGCAACCUGCAGGUGAUCUGUGAGAAGAUCUUCAGGUUGUGGUUCUCUCCCACUCUGCUGGGAGUCAAAGCAGGUUUGCCUCUUCAGGUGGAGCUGCAGCGAGCAGUGUUAGAGUGUUCAGAAACAGAUGAAGGGGUGAAAGACAGCGAUAAGGAUGGAGGAGAAGGAGGAGGCAAAGACAUUCAUCAGCGUCUCCAUAAGAUCCUGACCCGCCUCCUCCAAGAGGACAGGGCCUCAGGUGAACAAGGAGGACCCUGGGAGGGAAAAGGCCACGUCCACACUGCUCUGAACUUCUGACCAGUCCAACGUGAACGGAAUCUGUAACAAACAAGACUUACUGGUCUAAAGUAACUUGUUUUCUAUCCAGGAAUUUACCAAGUUGAUGAAGUUUGUUGAGCAUCUGGUGCAAAGACUGGACUCAGUGGAAGUACUAUGUGUUCACAUCCACAGGACACAGUGGCAGCAGCUUCUCUACCGUGUCCAGGGCCUUUCCUUCAGUUUGAUCAUGUGACUCACUAUAACUCACAAAUGCCUUAACUGUCCUCUCAUCGGAGAAGCAGCACGUUGGUGUCUUCUUCCUGUUGGAAAGCAGUUCAUCUCAGUGAGAUUGAAACCCUCUCAUUUAAGGAGAGUCAUUCAGCUGCCAGUAGCAACCUGGUGACGUCUGUGUCUUUAACAUCCAUGUUUUCAGUCAUUUGAUGGGAGUUUUUAAAAGGAGAUAAUCUUCACUUUUGGAUGGAAGCUGCUGUACAGUAAUAUGUAUGAUUCCAUGUGAAACUAGCAGUACCAUUGUGUUAUACACCAAAUACUAUAUGAAGCAAGAUGUCAGACAGUUGAGUUCAGCAGCCGACUGUCCUUCAACCACAGCAUUAACUUAUUAGUUCUAGUGUUUACAUCUGCAGCAACUGGAGCUCAUGGGUCAGCAACGACUGGUCUGGGUCAGACUUCUGUUAAAAGUAACAAGGGUCUGUUUCAUAUCAUAAUAAAGUGUGUAAUGGUU